CAAGCUACUGACGCAAGGCUGUAAGAAUUAUUAUUUAAGCUUGAGAUUCGGUACAUCUUAUCUGCGUAUUACAGUCAUUCAGUCUUUCGCGACGUAAUCAAGCAAAGACUGCCAGUCGAGUCUCUGCACUGACGAAAGCCGAGUGUCUGGUAUGAGUUUCAGGUGACAACUGUGGAGUACAAGCGGUCAUAAUGACACAACAAAUUGCUGUUUAUAGCGUGCUACAUAAAUUACCUUCACUUUUAAAAACUGCUCUUCCACAACUACAGUUUCAUGUGGUGGAACACGGUGCCGCUGAUGCAUUGGGUGCUCUCCAGAAGGCUGAAAUAAUAAUUGCAGAUGGUUUUCUUUUAUCUCCCAUCAUUCAUCAGCUGCCAAAUGCAAAGUGGAUACAGUGUACCUAUGCUGGAGUGGAGAACAUUGUUGCAGCUGUUGAUAAAACAAAGCUCCCACUUCCUUUUGUAAUGACCCGGCUCACUGGUGACCUCUUUGGUGUACAAAUGGCUGAAUAUGUCGUUUCUGAAAUUGCCAACAGAGAACGGAAUCUGUUUACAUACUAUGAUUAUCAGAAGAUAGCAAAGUGGGGGAGAGAGAGUUUUUUUCCUGAAGUGAGAACUAUGAUGGACCUCACUAUCGGAAUUAUGGGCUUUGGUGAGAUUGGAAAAGACAUUGCAAGAACUCUGAAGUCACUAAGAGCAGAAAUCUGGGCACUUGUUAGAAAAAUUCCAGAGGAUAAGGAGAAACUAGCAUUUGUUGAUAAUUAUCGAAAAGUGGAAGAUUUACCGGAGUUUUUGCAGAAGUGUGACUAUGUCAUAAAUGUAUUACCUUCCACACCUCAGACUACGGGACUUCUUAAUGCAGAUUUAUUGAAGAACUGUGCUUCAAAGGAAACUGUUUUUAUCAAUAUUGGAAGAGCAUCAGUGGUGAAAGAAGAGGAUCUGAUAACAGCAUUAGAAAAUAAGUGGCUGUCAGCAGCGAUUCUUGAUGUCUUUGAGAAAGAGCCAUUGCCACCAGAUAAUCCACUUUGGAAAAUGCCACAGGUAACUGUUACGCCUCAUAUAUCUGGUAUUUCCCGUGCCAAAGACAUUGUCAGACGAUUUAUGGAAAAUUAUGAGAAGUAUAAAAACAACAAGCCACUACUAAAUGUUGUAGACUUUGAUAAAGGCUAUUAAUAUUAAAAUCUUCAUGUUGGAGUGUAAGUUACAGUUUCAAAUGUUCAUCGCCAUCUACUCAUUUGUAAUAAUUCAUAAUUUCGUGUGUGGAAAUGUUCAAUAAAUACCAAAGCUUCUUCAAUCACAAA